AUGAUGUCUGCUUCUGGACUAUUCGAAGAGGAGCCGAUGGAUCACGCUACUGCGGAUAUCAGCUCACAGAGGCAGCUCGAGCAACCACCUCCAGGAUCCACGAUGCCCCCUUCGAAACGCCGAACAGAUGUCACCAUUGUUAAGCAAUUCCCAAAGUUGACACGAAUCCACUUGAAGGCCAAUGUUGAUAAUGGUUCUGGGUUACGUGCUCCAAACGUUUAUGUCGAUGGCAGCUUUAUCUCGAAAUCUCGCAUUCCUUCAGUCAGUCCUAUGGAACGCGUUUGGCUGUGCGCUUGGUGUCAAUCCCGUCCGUAUCACGUACCAGCUCAUUCAGAAUAA